CGCUGGUGCUGCAGUUGAGCUUGAGCGCAGCCGUUCGUGUCUUUCGUAUACAGUAUGAUUCGCACGCGAGAGUCGUACGGACUGUCGUUCGGUUGUCGUAAGUCUAGCCGACGUGGUCUCUCAUCGUUUCUCCACUUCAAUGAAUAUACUUUAGCCGGUCAGUUUUCAAGAAUGAUUACAAGCGAUUCAAACAAAAAUAUUUAUAACUAUUUCAAUAAACGCUUCAGAAAUAAAAUAAUUAAGAAGAUAAAUGAACUUGGCUUUUGAAUACUUGCCAUAAACUAUUUAAAAUAGUUAAGAAAAGUUUGGUUAACAAUAAAUAAUCAUGAAUUAACUAAAUCAAUCAAAAUAUAAAAGCAUAACACACAACGGCGAUGUCACUGCAGAAUGAGCUGUACAACGAUGGCGGUGGUAAAGGUAGCCAGUUGAAUUUAACAGCAGGAAAUACGUGGGACAGCGACUACAUAAUGCCUAAACGGGAUCCUCUAUACAUAGUCGUACCGAUGACCAUCAUGUACUCAGUAAUAUUCGUGACAGGCGUAAUAGGAAACUCGAUCACUUGCAUGGUGAUCGCCAAACACAAAUACAUGCACACAGCAACCAAUUACUAUUUAUUUAGUUUGGCCAUGUCCGAUCUUAUACUUCUAGUAUCCGGGUUACCGCAAGAAAUGUGGUCCAUUUGGUCUAGAUAUCCGUACGUAUUUGGUGAAAUAUUUUGUCAACUUAGAGGUCUGUUUUCCGAAAUGUCUGCCAAUGCUACCGUACUUACCAUAACAGCGUUCACGGCUGAGCGGUAUGUAGCUAUUUGCCACCCAUUCAUGGCGCAAAGCAUGUCAAAACUUUCCAGAGCCGUAAAACUUAUCAUCAUCAUAUGGCUGGUCGCUGUGUUGUUUGCUAUACCCCAGGCAUUGCAAUUCACCGUAUCAUCAUGGGACGGUUCUUCAGAACUGAUGCAGUGCAAUAUUCGAAGUAUACUGUUAAUGGACACGAAUAUCGAACUAUCUACCGUAUCGUUCACGCUGUCAACGCUGUUAUUUUUCUUGCUGCCAAUGACACUGAUAACUGUACUUUACGCGCUUAUCGGACUCCGCCUCCGGCGCUCGGACAAACUGAAACGCACCAUCACGGUACGAUCGACACACGGCGAGAAAAAAAUGUCGUCACCCGAGUACAGGGCCAACUCAUCACCAAAAGUCCUUAAAAUGCUCGUUGCUGUCGUCGUGGCGUUCUUCAUCUGCUGGGCUCCAUUUCAUGCGCAAAGGCUAAUCGCCAUAUUCGGGAUUAGUCACGCAUCGUCUGGUAACUUGGACGCGAAGGACAUACCGUUUUUACAUCAGCUGUACGGUAUUUCCACGUACAUCUCUGGCGUUCUCUAUUAUGUAUCCACCACCAUCAAUCCAAUACUGUAUCACAUCAUGUCUCUGAAAUUCAGAGGAGCAUUUAAGGAAACGGUGUUACGGUGUUGUGGCGGCGACAGCGGUUGCGGCGGCGACGGAUGGCCCGGAAAAUGCAAACAACAACGUCCGGCACGUUGGACGCGGAGGAUGCUGCGUAGCGACUCGUCCGAACCUACUACCGAUGACCACCGACCAAAGUACAGACGAGUGUCCGGACGGACGACAUCGUCUAUCGAAUUGCCGGCGACCGCCGACGAUAAUGAGGACGACGACGAAGUUUACAGUGGCCGAAGUCCCGGCCCCGACGCCGAGCUCGCCGACUGUUGGCGGCGGGCGAUGACGGGACUGUCGGCGACCGGAAACACCGAGCGACGACACGACAGCAGCUGCAGCAACAGUGCCGGAAGCAGUGGAGGAAACUGCGACGACAGUUCCGCCGCGUCCGGCCCGGCGCUCGAUGCAUCCGGCGACCGUGGACGGCGUCCGGUAAAAGUGCCGCCGGCGAUAGCACUCAGCAACUGGACCGUGAUCAGCAACAGUAGCCUCAGGGACGUGGACUGCGAAGAUCUGCGCGACGAGCUCGUCGGUUACGCGACCGACGCUUCGGCGAUGACAAUCGUCGGCGAGACUACGUAUUAUUAAGUGGCGAUAGGAUUUGUUCCCCGCAAGCGGAAUAUUACGCGUACCGAGAGAACAUUGUCAUCUAUUUGAACGGCUGAUGGUUGUCGGGACGAGUGUGAUAUAAUUUUGACCAAAAAGUUAAUAUUCCGUUUGGGCGAGUGAAAUUGUUUUUACCUACGUAUGAACGACACCUGUGAUAUAGGUACGAACUUGGUGAUGCACGUGUAACUUUGUUUUAUUAAUUUCUCACUGUACAUUACUAGACAACAAUAUAAUAUUAUUAUACAAUA